GGGGAGCCUUGCUGCAGGACGGGACCUAGAGCAAGCAUCUCUUGAGUCUUACCCUUUGAAGCGCUAUCCGAGCUACGGAGGCUGUCUACACCACCUACAUCUCCACGGCGAUCAAAUCUGCCUGCCCACCCCAGUACGAAUAUACAUAUAACUAGAUCCCAUACCUCCUCUUCCCAGGUUGGUGGGACCAGUGCGACCUCAGAUAUUGACAUUGCAUCUGCCAACAGGACGACCACCAUCAUGGCUCCCAAUGCAACUGGCCGCGUCGCUGCCAAGGUGCUCGGUAUUGACCUCGACUACCGCAACGAACACCAGGAGCCUCUCGUCUCCGGGGGCGCUUCCAUAUCCAGCGUCGAGACAUAUGUUGAAAGAGAGCCCACUGUUGCCGAGUGGUUCUCGCAAUUCCGACCUACGGGCGCAGGAGUCAAGCAUUAUCUUCGCAGUCUGUUCCCAUUCUGGAACUGGAUCUUCCAUUACAACUUAACAUGGCUGUUGGGCGACGUAAUCGCUGGUGUCACUGUCGGUUUCGUUGUCAUUCCUCAGGGUAUGGCUUAUGCCAUAUUGGCUAAGCUUCCACCGGAGUAUGGACUAUACACCUCCUUCGUCGGCUUUUUAUUGUACUGGGCUUUUGCUACCUCCAAAGAUAUCACCAUCGGAACUGUCGCUGUCAUGUCAACCAUUGUUGGUAACAUUGUCAUCAAAGUCCAGGACGAACACCCCGAGAUGAAGGCCCCUGCCAUCGCCAGUGCCCUGGCGGUGAUAUCUGGCGCCGUCCUACUCUUCAUUGGUCUCAUUCGAGCGGGAUGGAUUGUCGAGUUCAUUCCACUUGUUGCUAUCACGUCCUUCAUGACUGGUGCUGCCAUCAGUAUUGGUGUUGGCCAGGUUCCCGGAAUGAUGGGCAUUCCCAAUAUCAACACCCGUGGUGCAACCUACCGAGUCAUCAUCGACACUUUGAAAGGCCUUCCGAACACCAAGUUAGAUGCGGCCAUUGGCCUUACUGCGCUGACGAUGUUGUAUGGCAUCCGCGCCUUCUGCAACUUCAUGACCAAGAAGCAGCCCAACAAGAAGAAGCUGUGGUUUUUCCUCUCGACCCUACGCAUGGCCUUCGUGAUUCUGUUGUACAUCUUGAUCAGCUAUUUGGUCAACAAGCAUGUCAAAGAUGCUAAGAAGGCGAAGUUCAAGAUUCUUGGAAAGGUGCCACGAGGCUUCCAACACGCCGGUGCUCCUGACAUGAACUCUGAGCUGCUCGCUGCUGUCGCCCCAGAUCUACCACUCACCAUCAUCGUUUUGAUCUUGGAGCAUAUUGCCAUCUCAAAAUCAUUUGGCCGUAUCAACAACUACACCAUCAAUCCUUCCCAGGAGCUCGUCGCUGUCGGCUUCACUAACCUCCUCGGUCCCUUCCUCGGCGCCUACCCAGCUACUGGAUCCUUCUCUCGAACAGCCAUCAAGUCUAAAGCUGGUGUCCGCACACCCCUUGCUGGUAUCUUCACGGCUGUGAUCGUUCUCCUGGCAUUGUAUGCACUCACUCGGGUCUUCUUCUACAUUCCUAGUGCUGCCUUGUCUGCCGUCAUCAUCCACGCCGUUGGUGAUCUGAUCACCCCGCCCAACGUCGUCUACCAGUUCUGGGAAACAUCGCCUCUCGAGGUCCUCAUCUUCUUCGGUGGUGUCUUGCUCACCAUCUUCACCAAUAUCGAGAAUGGCAUUUACCUCACCAUGUGCGCGUCCCUCGCACUCUUGCUCUGGCGCCAUCUUAUGGCAAGAGGCGCUUUCCUCGGAAAAGUCCGAAUCUACCGUGCCACGCACGACACCAUUGGCAAGGAGAACGAUGCCUACGGAUCGCAAGGCGGUAAGAUCGCUCGUGAGGCGUACCUGCCCGUGAACCAUCGUGACGGCUCCAACCCCACGCUUGACUUCGAGCAACCUUACCCAGGAGUCUUCAUCUUCCGCUUCGAGGAAGGCUUCACGUACCUCAACCAACAACGUUACAUGGACGCCCUCGUCGGACACGUCCAGCGCGUCGCCCGUCCUACCAAGCUUGACCGCUUCGCAAAGAUCGGCGACAGGCCGUGGAACGACCCGGGCCCACGCCGCGGCAAGCCCGUCAACCUAGAAGACGACCGCACGAUCCUACGCGCCAUCAUCCUCGACUUCAGCAGCGUGAGCCACGUCGACGUGACGUCGAUCCAAGGCCUCGUCGACGUCCGCAACCAGCUCGACCGCUACGCCGCGCCCGAGGUCGUCGAGUGGCACUUCGCCGCCAUCAACAACCGCUGGACCAAGCGCGCCCUCACCACCGCAGGCUUCGGCUACAUCAGCACGGAACGCGUGCGCGCCCGCUCGCACUGGACGCCUGUCUACUCGUUCGCCGCCGUGGGCGACGCCGACAACUCUCCCGAGGCCCAACGCAAACCCGCCGCAGACCUCGAGGCCGGCGCCGACCACAUCCACAGCAGCAACAACGAGAAGAACGCCGCAUUCCCGCCAAAGGUCACGGCCGUCCACGGCCAGAACAGGCCGUACUUCCACGUCGACGUCCAGGCUGCGGUCGAGAGCGCGAUCGCGGGUGUCGAGUCGAAGCUCGCGCAGACGACAAGUACCGAUAGCAACGUCGGCGUCACGCAUGAGCAACCUGACAAGUCGCUUGGUUGAUUUCUCUUUUCAUUGUCUUUUACAUCGUCAUCAUAAUUGCCACAAUAGUCCCUGAUAUUCACGGACAAGAUGAUCGUCUUUUUUAAUCCAAUCACUUAUAUACCACCAUAGCCCAUCUAGCUAGAUAUAUACCAUCCAUACCC